AUGGGUUCCUGCUGGUCCAAAAACACCGUUCUCGUCGAAGAGGUCAACCCAGUGCCUCACCCUGAAGCACGACGAGUAUGGCUCAUCUCCACCCAAGUCGAUCCCAAAGAUAUCCCACUCGACCUCGUCGGUAUGGAAGCAGACGGUCUCAAAUCUGCCAUGCGCAAUCGUGGUCUCCAAGUCGAACAUUGGGCACUCAAAGUGGAUCCCGCCUCCAACCUCAAAGUCGAAGCCACCAUUUUCGACAUCACUGUCCAAGGCGGAAAAUUGGUCUCUCAAACACACUCCACCUCGAGUCCCUACUGGAGCAUCGUUCUGCGCAGAGUGGCGAUCGGUUGGACGAUUUGGAAGGAUAAUGAGAUUUUGGAGGCGAGUAAGCUUUUGAUUCAGGCUAGACCAAAGUAUGAUGGCAGGGCGAACAACAGUGAGCAUUUGGCUAGGUUGUUGGGCAGACAUAUCCAGUUCAAUCCUCCCGUGCACCAGCAUGAGCAACAGCAGAGUGCGAUGACGACGACCAGCGAGACGGUUGCUGGCUCAACGAUUAGUCCUGCUGGAAGCAUUCUUAAGCCUGAUCCCCUCACUCAGCAAGCGGCUUUAACUCUGGCGAACAAUCGAUCACAAAACACGCUCGUGUCUGGUGGACACAGUCAGAGGAGCCAAUCCAUCCAAGACUCGGAGACCAAGCUGAGAGUGGGCGAGUUAGAGAGUAAAGUGCUAUCACGUAUACCGGUAAACAUCCGACACAGUCAGAGGAUGAGCAUUGCAGCAUUUGCUUUGAAUCAUCUUUCCACCGCUCCAUCAUCGACGCGAUCCGAGUUGGCCGCCUUGCCACCGCCCUCAAGACCAACGCUCUAUAGGUCGGCAGAGACCGAGCAUAGUUGGUCACCAACAGCGAGUGUCAGGAUGUCUGUGCCUCCUCAGCCUAGACAGUCGCCCUUGAAUCCUAGUUACAGGUCUCGUAGGCAGACAGCGAGUGAGAUGAGGCGUGCCGAUGCAAGGGCGAGGACCAAGUCGGAUGCUGCUAGUCAGCAUGAUGCUACCGUAAGGGCAGGGGCUGGUGGCAGAAGGAUGUCCAAGGGUGGGGCUAGAAGGAGGAGUGAGGCUCAGGUUGAGUUGCCCACUGCUACUGCCACCAACGGGUCCAACUCGAUCAGAGUUAGGACAAAGAGCACUCAUCAGAGGGAUUCGAUGAUGAGUCUUGGAGGAGGAGGAGGAGGAGGAGGAGGAGGAGGAGGAGGAGGAGGAGGAGGAGGAGGAGGUAGUUGGCCUCCUGCGAUGGCAGCUGGAGCUUUACCCACUUCUGCGUCCAUGAUGCCAGGUAUGCCAAUGAUGGGCGGUUUCGGCACACCUCCAUUCCCCAUGACCGCUCAAAUGGGAAUGCCAAUGUGGCCACCACAAAUCAACACAAGCCCGCCAAUGAUGUUUAACCCGGCACUUCAAGCUCCCAUCCCACCUUACUUUGGUCUACAUCCAAUGGGAGUAGGAAUGCCUUUCUUACCUUCCAUGCCUAUGCUGGCUCCUGCUAGUCCAGGCUUUCAUAGUCAUACUUCGAGUGCCGUUCACACUCCACCUGAAUCCCCGCAUUUAGGUACGACGCAGAUGCCUGGGAAGGGGGUGUCAGAGAUUAGGCCUUUGCACCAGCAACAUCAGCACCAGCAGAGGGUCUAG